AAUAAAAAGAUUGCAUUGAAAUCAACAUCAGAAAAAGUCAACUUGUUCGUUUUGAAAUUGUAUUUUUCCAACUUGCUGCGACUUUUGUUUUGUAAGCGUGUGUGGACGCGUGAAAAAAAGAAACGCAAUUGAAAUUGCGAAAAAAAAAUAAAUUAAAAAAUUCUAAACGACCGGCACUACUAAAAGAAUUUGGGCAACUUACUGCAGAAGGAGAAAAUUAACAAAAAGGCUGUCGAUAAAAGCGAGGAAAGUGUAAAUAAAUUAGGAAGAUAAUUAUAUUAACAUACACACCACAUACAUAAAUAAAUACAACAAUAACAGCAAAAAGAUCAAAGUUCAAAAGGCCACAAAACUAAUUGCAUUUUUUUAUUAUACAUUUUUUGUUGUUUUCGUUUUUAUUAAAAUCGGAAAAGGUUUGGAAAUACCUGUUAAACAAAAAACCAAGUGCUCUUCGCAUUUGUGUGUGUCUAUGGAAUAAGUAACAGAGAAAGUACAGAGUACAAGUUGAGCAAGAAAAAAAUCCAAGAAUAUACAUAUACUUAUAAAUUUUGUAUAGUCAUCAUUAUUUUUUAACCGGCCUUAAACGAAUAAACAAAAAUAGCAGCCAUGACCGCUGAUACUGUGGACACAAAUGCCGGCUCGGCCGAGGAGUCAGCAGCACCAACAUCCAUGUUUAUGGCCAUUAUACAAGAGAUUUUCUACAGUCCCAUGAAUCUCGCCCUGGUGGCUAUUAUUGCAUUUUUGGUUUACAAAAUCAUUAAGGAUAGAAUUGAAGUGCCCAGUGUGGGCUCACAAAAACCUCUAGAACCAGAGCUGCCUAAAUUACGUAGAGACUUUACUAUAGCCGAACUACGUCAAUACGAUGGCACACAACCAGAUGGUAGAAUUUUGGUGGCAGUAAAUGGCAAAGUCUUUGAUGUUACAAAAGGAAAACGUUUCUAUGGACCAGGUGGACCUUAUGCUUCAUUUGCUGGACGUGAUGCCUCUCGUAAUUUGGCCACAUUUAGUGUAGCACCCAACGACAAAGACGAAUACGAUGAUCUAAGUGAUUUGACUGCAAUGGAACUUGAUUCAGUACGCGAAUGGGAAAUGCAAAUCAAAGAAAAAUAUGAUUUAGUUGGCAAACUAUUGCGCAAAGGUGAACAACCAACCAACUAUGAAGAUGAAGAGGAUGAUACCGACAAAGAUACAAAAGCUAGUGACACUCCCACCAAUACGGCUUCGACAAUUACAAAUGUUACGGCCGGUGGUAAUACUUCGACAACUACGACAACAGACAAUGCUUCAUCUUCAGCUGUCCAAGGUAUUGAAGCCGAAGGCAUUAGAAAACGUGAUGUAGUCGUCACAUCGGCCACAACAAAGGACGUUGAAUAAGUUCCAAUAAAAUCAAUUCAUAUAUAUAUAUACAAACUUAUAUUUAUAUAUAAAAACCCGAAGAAACGUGAAAAAGCUGCUUAUUUCUACAUUUCUUUACUUUUUUUUAGCAGUUAAGAGUUUUCUUUCUUCUCCGUCAUAACAAUAUAAAUCCAAAACCCCAAAUCCAAACCCUACCCCAACAUGUAAACCUUAAAUACCAGUUGCACUUUAAAUUAUAUUUUAUAUUAAUCAUUUAAUUUAGAUUUAAAAAAAGGUUUUUGUUAAUUUUUUUCAUACUUUAAUUUCGUAUUUAAUUAGAUUUAAAUUGUUUAAUUCAAAUUGCAAUUGUGUAGUUUAUAAUAAUUAUUAAUUGAUAAAAAAAUAUUUUAAAAAAAUUGUGGUUUCAAAAUAAAACACUACAUAACAAAUAACAUUAUUCAAAAGUUAAUUUAAUUAGCAAAAGCUUUAAAUGUUUUUUUUUAUAAUUUUAGUGCAACUCUUCAUAAUACAUAUUUAGUUUCUAUUCAAAUUUGCUAAUUAUAAAUGGACAAAAUAUGAGAAAGGCGAUUUAUAAUACGAAUAAAUGACAACAAAAAAAACUGUCGAAAACAUCAAAUUGAUAAUCAAAUUUUUAUUUUUUCAUACAAAUUUUGUAUGUAAUUAAAAUUCGAUUCUGAAUAAGGGAGUUGGCAUUUAAAUGUUAAAUUAAAUUGUAAAAUUAACUAAACAGCAUUUCAAAAGUUGUACGACUUUUAACAAUUUUACGUUUUCGUCAAAAAAAACUUUAUAUUUACUGAUGUCCUAUAAAAUUUCAUUGAUUAACAUUUCCUGUUGCUUUAAUAUAAUUUUUGAGAAAACAUUUACUUAAAAUAUAUAAAUAACAUCACUUUAAAAUAAAGAUAAAUUUAUACAUAUAUAAAAAGA